AUGGUUACGCGUCGGGCUGCCAGCAUCAAGUUGUUGAGAAACACUAGCUACCAGACAGUAUUCAGGAUGAUGCUCAAAGAAAUGGCUGAACGCAGUGAGCUGGAAGAAGAUAUUGAAAUCCCCAUGACUGGGCAUCUGAAGAGUGAGACCAGAAGGAAACUGGGGAUUCUGCUGAAGAAAAAUUUUGGGAAAUAUAAGGAAACAAUCCUGUGGAUUAUGAAGAAACGUGAACACUCCAAACUAUCAGAGUUUGGUACCUUAACUUUUCGCUUAAUGGACCACAAACCACCAAAAGUUAAGAAGCAACAAGUAAAAGAAAUCCAAAAAGUUCAUCAUGUUGUUCAACAGAAGAAGAAAUUAGAAUUAGAUAAAGAAUGGGUGAUGACUAAGAUAAAGGUACAUCAAGGUGAUGGAAAAGUAAUUCUUUACCCCAACGGGACUGUCUUCCAAGUCCUCUUUCCUGAUGGGACAGGCCAAAUCUAUUAUCCAUCAGGAAACCUGGCUAUGCUAAUCUUCAGUGUGCAAGCUAGAAACUUCACAUACGUCAUUCUGGAAGACAGUGAUAAAAUGUGGAUACGGGCCCUUAUCAACAACUCUGGCCAUGCCACCAUCUAUGAUGAAAACAAAGACAUCUGGUUGUGCCUGAGCUACAAUCUGGGCUACUACUUCAUUGGAAACAGAAGCCAAAAGGCUUGGAACUGGUGGAAUCUAAACCUCCACACUCAUGCACCCCCAGUCCGGCCCAUCACCUUGGAAAUCAACCAGUACAUCAAGAUACACAUACAAAGCCAAGACGAGAUCUCCUUCUACUUCAUUCACCAGACAAAGCAGAUUCAUUUAAACCUUGGCACCAAGUACAAGUACAUAACUCCAGAGGCGCUGAAAGAAAUGAAGAAUAAAAGAGUCCAAGAAGUGGAAUUCAGUGCUACGGCUCAGAAAAUCCAGAUCCUCCUGGGAAAAAUGAGCAAGAUCCGGAAUCUGCUGACAAUCUCCGACUUGGAAAACUUUGUGGCAUCAGCCAAAGAUUUCCUAGGAAAUACUUGCCAGAAGAAGAAAUCUGAGUUCCAAGAUGUGGUCACUCACCUGACUAUCCCAGAACUUUCCCAGUAUCUACAGAAUGUCUCAGGAUGGGAGAAUCCUCAGGAGCCUGAAGAAAAUUCUAGACCUGUUUAA